AUGUUUGAUAUUGUACGUGUACGAACCCUGUGGCUCGCGCAUUAUACGGCCAUAGCUGCGAUUUUCACGGGCAGCACUGGACUGAAGCUUAUCUGGUUUUAUCUAGAAUCAAAAACCAAGAAGGCACACUUCCUCAACCAAACGAUACAGUACAGGACCGGAGAGAUUCGUGGUCUAUAUAGUCGUUCUUUUUUUUGGUGGAUUAACCAACUAUUCGUCUUUGGAUUCAAAAGGGAUAUAUCGGUGGAGAACCUACCACAUCUGGACCGAGCACUAUCUUCAGAUGCAGUCCAUAUCUCGGAUCCUAAUAAAAAUGAUGGAUAUGGACUAAUUGGGGCAUUUGCUCUCGUCUUCACACUUAAAGCGGUCCUAAACGGCAUCCAAAACUCACAUGAGACUUGGGCAAGUCCGACUGAGUUAGCCAUCGCCGUCUAUCUUUUAGAGAAGAAAGUCCUUUGGGCCGCCGCUAUUCCGGCAGCCAUCUCAUUGAGUUUUUUCACAUCGAACUUCCUUGACACCGCAAAGUCACUGAAGAUGCUUGGCAUGUCAGAGCAAGCGUCAAGGAUCAUGCAGCUGCUUCGGGUCCGGGAGUUAAAUCUGCAGAAGAAAUUCAGGCAUUCCAUGGUCAAGAUGAAUCUGUUAGCGGGAAUACCAUCGAACCUUAGCCCUGUUAUUACACUUAGUGUCUAUACGGGAAUUGCAUUCUGGACAGGUAGAGAACCCCUCACGGAAGCACAGACUUUCAUGACACUCUCAGUCAUCCUGCUAUCUAGUACUCCACUGUCUAAUCCGGUGUAUUCCGCUCCGAGACUUGCUGGUGUUGUUGAUUGCUUUAAGAGAAUCCAAGAAUAUCUCUUGGAAUCUCCGCGGCGUGACUACAGAAGAUGGGAAAAAUCUUUCGAGACUUUCGAAGCCGAAAUAAUCCCUGAUAGGAAGAGCUGCGACUCACCGAAAAUGCCAACUUACCCAACGCCAGACGUUGUUAUCGUUCACCAGGCCGAUCUCAGUUGGAGCAGCACCCAUCCGAUCCUCUCAAACAUAAGCGUCAAACUUCCACAUGGAUCGCUUACCAUGGUCCUAGGUCCUGUGGGCUCAGGAAAGAGUAUGCUUUUAAAAGCCGUUUUAGGAGAGCUCCAUUGUACAAAGGGCUAUGUGCAGAUACAGUCAUCACUGAAAGUCGGUUUCUGUGACGCAAGUCCGUGGAUUUGUCACAGCACCAUCCUUGAAACGAUUUGCGGAGAACUCGGGUACGACGAAAAAUGGUAUCAAACAGUCAUUCGUGCGUGUGCUUUGGAAGAGGAUAUUAAUAAUUUUACGGAUGGCUAUUCCACUGCCCGUACACAACUUGCCUUAUUUGAUGAUGUUUUGAGUGCUUUGGAUACUAGAACCCGCGAGCAUCUCUGUGAACAUGUCUUUGGAAGCCGAGGCCUUCUACGCCAGCAUAACGUGACUGUCGUUCUCGUGACACAUGCACAUCAGCCUUUGGCCUUCGCUGAUCAAGUUCUCUUGAUGGAAGACGGUAGGAUAUCGGAUUAUGGAAACCCACAAGACAUUGGGAAUAGAAACGAGCCUUUAGUGAUUGAGGAUAUUCCUUCCAAUGUCAAUACGGUCUCUGGGUCGACACUCGAUGAUUUGCAGCGCAUGAAACCCUUUCCAUCGCCUAAAGUGGAAGAUAUAGACCCUGACGUACAUCUACUAAACGUGGGACAACUAGGUCUAUGGGUUCAAUGGUGGGCGGAAGUCAAUGCUCGUUCUCCCUACAGCCAACUGGAACCCUACAUAUCCGUAUACGCCGCAUUGGCCAUCUCAGCAUCAGCACUGUGGGCGUCAUGCAUGCGGCUCGUCUUUUGCCGCAUUGUUCCCAAAUCCUCGACCCAAUUUCAUGAGUACCUGGUCACCAAGAUCAGAGAUGCCCCUUUGUCUUUUCUGACAUCCACCGACAACGGUACCAUUCUCAAUAGAUUCAGUCAAGACAUGACCUUAGUGGAUAGAUCGCUACCAGCGGACUUUCUCAAGACCACCAACAACUUCGCGCAAUGCCUGAUGACCGCUGUUUUCUUUCAAUUAGUUGUAUAUCUGAUCCAAAAGUUCUAUCUCCGCACGUCUCACCAGCUGCGCCAACUCGAUUUGGAAUAUAAGUCCCCGCUUUAUACCCAGUUCACCGAGACUGUCAGUGGCCUUAUCACCAUACCUCGAGGUGUCACAACGACCAGGUGGCUGAUCCUGGUCUUGGAUUUGUUUGUGGCUGGUGUUGCUAUUGCGCUUUCUUUACUAGCGGUGUUCGUUCCCAACAUUGGUCCCAUAGGCGUGUCUCUCAUCUCCUUGAUUACAUUCAGCCAACAGUUGACUGAAUUAGUCAAUUUUUGGACAUCCAUGGAAACCAGCAUCGGAGCAAUAACCCGUAUCAAGUCUUUCCAGAAAGCGGUACCUUCUGAGAAUCUACCCCUCGAAAAUCAGAUUCCUGCUCGUACCUGGCCAUCUGAGGGACGGUUGGUGUUUCAUAAUGUUUCUGCAGGGUACUUGAUGACUGUGCGGCCCGUCAUUCGAGAUAUAUCUCUCACCGUCGAUCCUGGGACAAAGUUAGGAGUCUGUGGCCGCACAGGAAGCGGGAAAAGUUCUUUGAUUUUAACCAUUCUCCGGAUGAUUGAAAUCCACAACGGGGAUAUCACCAUUGACGACAUAAUUCGUAAUAGAGUUAUCGUCAUUCCACAAGAACCGGUUCUUUUAUCAAGCAGAUCUGUGCGCGACAAUCUUACCGGAUUGGCAGCCGUCGCUGACACAACAGCACUAGUCGAUGACUCCAUGAUUCUUGAAGCCUUGGAAAAGGUUCAACUUCGUGAAUAUAUUGACUGCUGUGCCAGUGGUCUAGAUACCAAGAUGGAGAGCGUCACACUAUCCGCAGGUCAAAAACAAUUACUUUGCCUUGCCCGCGCUAUCAUCAUGAAACGGAAAAUACUUCUCCUAGACGAAGCAACCAGCAAUGUGGACGACAAGACGAAUGAGCUCAUGCAAAAAAUCAUACGUACGGAAUUUCAAGGUUGCACAAUUAUCGCAGUCGCGCAUCGCGUGCAUACCCUUGCUGAUUUCGAUAUGGUAGCUGUUAUGGAUGAAGGUACCAUAGUUGAGUAUGAUUCGCCAGCUAAGCUAUCAAGUCGUCCCCAGUCGCUUUUUCGUCAACUUUGUGAGAAACAAAGUACACCGUUCACCAAGCCUACUUGAAUCUGACAGACAUUAAGUAGGCCUCGUUGUGGAUGAAGGUUCUAAGAAGAUUCCACCAGUAGUACCAGGUAUAUCGAGUAGGAAUUGGGUGUUAACUCGGAAUAUAUGUCUUUUCUUUUCAAUUCUUUUCAACAGAGAAGCUACAAUACUCCUAGGCACUAUAGGAACGGCAUUCCAUCCAUGGAUUCAACUGGGCUCUUCUCAGUUAUGUAUUCAACAGUCUCAUAAAUCACAUAUCUUCUAGUCACUGCGG